AGAUGGCGUUUGUGAAUUGUUAGGGGAAGCGAAAUAUUAGCUAGGAAGUGUCACAUGUGAAAUUAUGUAUUAAAGCAUCGGAAGACAUCUGAUUAACGUAAGCAAAUAUUUUAUCGCGGUGAGACUGGGACAUAAAGAAAAGUCAAUAAAAAGGAAAUAGCAUGCCUUCCCCGAAAGCAAAAAACAACUGCGGUCGCAGUAGCAGCAUUCCUGGUGUGAGUAACAACGGACGUUAUGAGUUUAUGUCAUUGAGCAAGACUCCCCCACCACAUUUAUUGCAAAGACAGGGCUCAGAUCCGACAUCUGCUCGACUGCGUGCUUCGGAGAGCCCCACUCGGCGCCGAGGCUCCGGCUCUUCAAAUGCCUCUUCAUCGUCUGCCACCGGCGGCCAGCAACUACCAGAGGAAGACUGUAUGCGUCUGAACCCGUCGUUUGUCGGUAUCGCCUUGAGCUCCCUGCUCGCCAUUGACUUGUGGCUGUCUAAACGUUUAGGCGUGUGCGCCUGCGAAGACUCUUCAUGGGGCAGCAUAAGACCGUUGAUGAAACUGGUCGAGAUCUCAGGUCACGGGAUACCUUGGCUGGCCGGCGUCUUGUACUGCUUGUACAAGAGUGACAGUGCAGCGGGGCAGGAGGUCAUGCUCAAUCUCCUAAUGGCCCUUGUCAUGGACCUGGUCCUGGUUGCCGUGGUGAAGGCUGUGGUACGCCGCCGGCGUCCUUCCCACAACCGCAUGGACAUGUUCGCCACCUUCUCCGUGGACCGCUACUCCUUCCCCUCGGGCCACGCCACCCGGGCGGCCAUGUGUGCCCGCUUCCUGCUGGCCCACCUGGUGCUGGCCGCCCCUCUGCGUGUCCUGGUGCUGCUGUGGGCUGCCCUGGUGGGGUUCUCCCGCGUGCUGCUGGGCAGGCACAAUGUCACCGACGUGGUGUUUGGCUUCGGCAUGGGCUACUGCCAGUACAACCUGGUGGAGAUGCUGUGGGUCUCACCAGUUGGGCUGCAGCUCAUGAUGGGGCAGACAGGCUGAGAGGUCUGCGGUUUUACGGGGAAGAAAGGGUGGCUGGGUCUGCCAUCACGCUGGCUAGUCCUAGCCAGUACCAUCACUGUGCAUAUUUACCAUUACCUGAAAAAAAAGAUUAACAAUAAUGAACAAUGCAUCACAAUAUGCAGUGAAAAACAUUUGUGUGGGUAUAUUUGUGCAUGGGUGGGGUAACGUUACUUUACUGCUUCACUGUUAAAGCCUUGGGGUAUGCAUUGCCCCUAAUAUGUGUAUUGGGUGAAUACUGGUUGGAUGAAUUUAUUUUUAAAAAUUUGCGGGAUGGAAGCGUGGAAUGUUUCACUGAUACACUACAUUGUUUAGUGUCCACUUUCUCAAAAUAGAAAUGUAUUUUGUAAAUCUAAUGCACUGGGUUUAUUGUCAUGUUUACCAUGACCAAUGUAGGCAUGGGGUCCUGUGUAAAAUUUGAGUUUCCUUUCCUUCAUUGUUGCUUUAGCUUAAUAAUUUAAGACUUAUUGUUGCUCUCCAACAAAUGGAACUGAAUGUGUUGUAUCAGAACAUCUGCACUAUGAAGUAUUGUAUUUAGUUUCCAGACCUUCAAUCUGGUUCAUGGUUUUGGCUUUAAAUUCAAGCUUUGUUCUCUAGUGACUGCUGUCUCAUUUCAAAUAAUGCAAUAUGUUUGUCUGCUCGGUAUCAACAAAAUCAGAUUUCCAAUAUACACUUGGACUCUAAUAUUUUUUACCUUGUAUGGCAAUUCCUGCUGCCCCUAUUUGUCAAAUGCAUCAUUUAAAAAGGUGUUUUGGCCCCAAAUCUAUUUGUCAUGUCUUCAGCAGAGACCUCGAAACAUGAUGAAGCAUUUACAUGAAUUGUUUGGCUUAGUAGCAGACCUUGAUGCAGGCACACUGAGUUCGACCGGCUCAUGUGGAGCUGCAUAAUUGGCUCGU